UUUAGAUACGUGGCAUCAUGUUACAUAUCAACAGUUUACCUCAGCUCGUGUGUGUGCGUGCGCAUGUGUGUGUUUAGAUACGUGGCAUCAUGUUACAUAUCAACAGUUUACCUCAGAUCGUGUGUGUGCAUGCACAUGUGUGUUUAGAUACGUGGCAUCAUGUUACAUAUCAACAGUUUACCUCAGCUCGUGUGUGUGCGUGCACAUGUGUGUGUUUAGAUACGUGGCAUCAUGUUACAUAUCAACAGUUUACCUCAGCUCGUGUGUGUGCGUGCGCAUGUGUGUGUUUAGAUACGUGGCAUCAUGUUACAUAUCAACAGUUUACCUCAGCUCGUGUGUGUGCGUGCACAUGUGUGUGUUUAGAUACGUGGCAUCAUGUUACAUAUCAACAGUUUGUUGUCAUUGUAUCUGUGGUGUCUUUCUAUAGCCAGACCUCAGCUCGUGUGUGUGCGUGCGCAUGUGUGUGUUUAGAUACGUGGCAUCAUGUUACAUAUCAACAGUUUACCUCAGCUCGUGUGUGUGCGUGCGCAUGUGUGUGUUUAGAUACGUGGCAUCAUGUUACAUAUCAACAGUUUGUUGUCAUUGUAUCUGUGGUGUCUUUCUAUAGCCAGACCUCAGCUCGUGUGUGUGCGUGCGCAUGUGUGUGUUUAGAUACGUGGCAUCAUGUUACAUAUCAACAGUUUACCUCAGCUCGUGUGUGUGCGUGCGCAUGUGUGUGUUUAGAUACGUGGCAUCAUGUUACAUAUCAACAGUUUGUUGUCAUUGUAUCUGUGGUGUCUUUCUAUAGCCAGACCUCAGCUCGUGUGUGUGCGUGCGCAUGUGUGUGUUUAGAUACGUGGCAUCAUGUUACAUAUCAACAGUUUACCUCAGCUCGUGUGUGUGCGUGCGCAUGUGUGUGUUUAGAUACGUGGCAUCAUGUUACAUAUCAACAGUUUGUUGUCAUUGUAUCUGUGGUGUCUUUCUAUAGCCAGACCUCAGCUCGUGUGUGUGCGUGCGCAUGUGUGUGUUUAGAUACGUGGCAUCAUGUUACAUAUCAACAGUUUACCUCAGCUCGUGUGUGUGCGUGCGCAUGUGUGUGUUUAGAUACGUGGCAUCAUGUUACAUAUCAACAGUUUACCUCAGCUCGUGUGUGUGCGUGCGCAUGUGUGUGUUUAGAUACGUGGCAUCAUGUUACAUAUCAACAGUUUACCUCAGCUCGUGUGUGUGCGUGCGCAUGUGUGUGUUUAGAUACGUGGCAUCAUGUUACAUAUCAACAGUUUGUUGUCAUUGUAUCUGUGGUGUCUUUCUAUAGCCAGACCUCAGCUCGUGUGUGUGCGUGCGCAUGUGUGUGUUUAGAUACGUGGCAUCAUGUUACAUAUCAACAGUUUGUUGUCAUUGUAUCUGUGGUGUCUUUCUAUAGCAGCACACAGACAUGUUUCUUUUUCUUUGUGCCCCAUCUUUUUUGUUUUGAGCUGGAAUCUCGCUCUUGUCACCCAGGCUGGAGUGCAGUGGCGCGAUCUUGGCUCACUGCAACUUGCACCUCCCGAGUUUAAGCGAUUCUAGUGCCUCAGCCUCCCAGGUAGCUGGGAUUACAGGCCGCCACCACGCCCGGUAAUUUUUGUAUUUUUAGUAGAGACAGGGUUUCACCUUG